AAAACGUCAAAAUAAUCUAACCUUACUUUGGCAUUAUAACCUAACAUUUAUUAUUUACGAAAAAUCGUGAUUUUUGUAAAAAUGAGUGGAUCGGAGAGAAAACGGUUGGAUUACGAGAACAAGGUUAUUUUGGCGCCCAUGGUAAAGGUUGGCACCCUUCCAAUGCGAUUAUUAGCCCUCGAGUAUGGAGCUGAUAUUGUUUACUCAGAAGAGUUAAUUGAUUGGAAGCUUAUUAAGUCCAUUAGAAGAGUUAAUGAUGUGUUGGGUACAGUUGAUUUCAUUGAUAAAUCUGAUGGGACGGUUAUUUUUCGAACAUGUGAUAAGGAGAAAGAUAGGGUUGUCUUACAAAUAGGCACCUGCGAUUCCACUAGAGCCCUCAAAGUGGCCAAAAUGGUUGAAAAUGAUGUAGCUGGUAUAGAUAUAAAUAUGGGUUGUCCGAAAGAAUUUUCUCUUAAAGGAGGCAUGGGUGCGGCCCUUUUGACAAACCCAGCACAAGCUAAGAACAUUUUAACGACUCUGGUAAAUAAUAUAAGCAUUCCUGUAACAUGUAAAAUAAGGGUUUUCAAUAAUGUGGACGAUACACUUCAUUUAGUUAAAAAUUUGGCUAAUACUGGUAUAUCAGCCAUUGGUGUUCAUGGUAGGACCAAAGUAGAAAGACCUCAGCACCCUAACAGAUGCGAAACUAUUAAAGUUAUUGCAAAUGCUUUAAGUAUACCUGUUAUUGCCAAUGGGGGUUCAAGGGAAAUAGACAAUUACCGAGACAUAAAAAAAUUUAAAGAUCAAUGUGGAGCUAGUAGUGUAAUGAUAGCCCGGGCUGCCGAAAGUAAUUGUUCAAUAUUCAGAAAAGAAGGCCUUAAAAAAUUGGAUGAUGUGAUAUGUGACUAUUUAAAAAUAUGUGUGGAUUAUGAUAACUCUCCUAAUAGUACGAAAUAUUGUGUACAAAACAUGCUAAAGGAACUACAGGAGACACCCAGAGGCAAGAAGUUUUUAGAAUGUCAGACUUUGGAACAAAUAUGCUCAAUUUGGCACCUAGGUGAUUACUGUCGUCAAAAACAACUAGAAUAUCAAUCAAAAGGCCUUUUAAGCCGCAGAGAAGUGACCCCCGACAUGUUUGACCCCCACCCAAAACGUCAAAAAGUCGAAAACGAUGACGUCAUCAAAAUAAAAUGCGCCUUCAUAAGAGUCAACUAUUCUUCCGAUCCCGAGUUGCCAAAAUCAAAAAUAAUCGGGCAUUGCCAAAAAAAUAGGCUUAAAAACCCCACAUACGAAACUAUUAAUAAGGAUAAAUUGUUUAGGGCAGUUUGUCAUUAUCAGGGCAAAAAAUACAGCUCAAGUUAUUGGGAAAAAAAUAAAAGGUUUGCUGAGCAAGGGGCUGCCUUAGUUUGUGCUGUAAGCCUUGGUUUAAUUGAAAAAGAACAGCUGGUAAAAGAUGGAAGCAUUUUAGAAUAAUAAAAUCAGUUUUAUUUA